GCUCAGUGGAGCUCACUGCCUCUGUCUCUCUCUGUAGUAGCUAUAACACCACAAGCUCAUCUUCGUUACAGUUCUACCGCCGUAACGCACCGGAUAGGACUAAGUGUGAACAGGUAAAGUGGAGGCAGACAGCUGCCUCUGGCCACACAAACCAUGGAAGGAAUCUACUUUGAGGUGAAGCCCAAAAGAGAUGAACCGCGCAGGCCAGAGAGCUCUGAGAAACCCCGUUCUAGUCUAACUUCAAACCACCACUCAUGUCCAUCAUUUUCAUAUCUCAGAUCAUCUGCACCAUGUCCUCAGAAACUCACCAAAGCUAGGGAGACGACUGCAGCAUGGGGGGGAAAGGUGGAGGAAGAGGGAGAGGAGGAGGUGGAAGAGGAGGUACGAUACAAACUGACAUUGGUUGGUUCUCUGCCGGUCCACCACCUCACCACCAUGGCCAUGCUGCCCUGGGUGGUGGCUGAGAUCAGCAGGUCUCGGCCUGCAGAAAAGGAUCCAGGAGUUGGACAGUUGGACCCUUCUACCUCGAAUCAGACGGUUUUUCUAUGUGUGUCAGCAUCAUGGGUGCGAUGUGUGUCCGUUCUGGGAGAGGGAGUAGUCUGGAACCCUCUAACACACACAGUGCUGUUUGAGUGUCGUCCUCACCAGGUGACUAAGCUAAUUCACAAUAGCCAGGAGCCCAGCAGCUUCGGCUGCCUGGUCAGAAAGACACCAAACUGUGCCUGCUAUGUCUUCCAGAGCCAGGACAGCACCAAGGUCCCUGAGAUCAUCAGUACGCUGAGGCAGGCUGGCAAGAGCUCUGCACGCAAUGAUGACAUCACCGGCAUUUCCAACAAAACUUCCACCGGAGGCAGUGAUCCCUCUGAGCCAUGUUUUUCUUAUCUCUCCGCAACGACAACCUCCAUGGCACCCGCUGCUGCUGUGUCUCCGACAGCUUUUGCCAAAAAGUUUGAGGUGCUGUUUUGCGGCCGUGUGAGUGUUGCUCACAAGAAAGCCCCGCCCGCCCUCAUUGACGAGUGCAUCGAGAAGUUCAGCCAGUUACAUGGCUCAGGGACGACUGAUAAAGGAGGAAACAGUGGGGGGUUGGUGAGCGGGCUGAGGAGGGCAUUGACCUUCCAAUCAAAUGGACUGGGUAAUGGUGCUGCAGGGAGUCCCACUACAGGGAAGCGUCCGGUCCUGUUCAAGCGAGACCCCAGCUUUCCCUGUCUGCAGGCCCUGGAUGAGAACGGACUCUCACCUGAGAUUUCUCAGACCAACACUACUGAUGCACUUGCCCGCCCUGCUGAGGUACAGCCCACCAGCCUGCAGGAGAACAGGACCAUGCUGUUUACGAUUGGCAGGUCUCAGAUCUUCUUAGUUAGUCCAGACACUAAGAAAGUUGCCAUAGAGAAGAGUUUCAGAGAAAUCUCCUUCUGCUCACAGGGUAUUCGUCAUGUGGAUCACUUUGGCUUCAUCUGCAGAGAGACAGUGGAAGGAGGGAGCUGCCACUUUGUUUGCUACGUCUUCCAGUGUACAGACGAAUCACUGGUGGACGAGAUCAUGCUGACUUUGAAGCAGGCGUUCUCUGUGGCAGCCCUGCAGCAGAAUGCAAAGACCCAGAGCCAGCAGUGUGACAGCUGCCCCAUGCAGCAGCUCCAUAGGCUGUGUGAGAGGAUAGAAGGUCUACACCCGUCUAAAACCAAACUGGAGCUUCAGAGACACUUGGCCACCCUGGACAAUCAGGAGCAAGCAUCAGUCUUUGAAAACACUAUGAGGGCUCGCCCUAGGAGCGAUCAGGAAGAGAAUGAGUUGGUGAUGGCCUUGCUGAGGAAUCUGUAUGAGGAGAGACAGAGGAGCCAUCAGCACACACUGCCUGGAGACAGCAAACAAGUGAGUGAGGAGACGGCUCCAGCUCCUGUGGAGCAGCAGAGUAGCAGCCGGCAGCGACUUGAGCAGUUCAAGAGCCGAGCCAAGCGCUCUCUCACUGAGUCCCUGGAGGGCAUCUGGAAGGGGAGCAGCAAGGCCAGAGCUCAGAGGGAGAACAGUGAAGGAAGUGACAGCAGCUCUUCCAUCUGUACUAUCAACAGCAGCCAGGACCAGCCUUGCUUAGAUGACCCCUUGCCUGCCUCAUCCCAGCGAAGACCCACCAGCCCACUCAGGUGCCACAACUCAACAGGAGACCUGAAGCGCCUUGACACCUCUCUCCCCCUGUCCCCCUCCUCCUCCUCUUUACCCGGUGAUGCUCAGCCCCAGGGCUUCCGUCGACGGGCCAGCACCUUCAGCCACCCUCCCACCCCCUCCUCAGUGCUUGAGUACUCACCGGUGCACACACUAAAUCACACUCCACAGGACCCCACCGCCGCUACCAAACCCAAACUCGUACGACACUACUCCGUCAGCACCGACACACCACACCAGAGCAAACAUUCCCCAGCCGACUCCACCCUUCCUCCUGUUCCUCCCUACCCUUCAUCCCCCUCUCCUCUGCUCCCUCAUCAUCCUUCCUCCCCUUCUUCUGGAGCCCGGCUCAAAAGAAGUCCUCUGGGUGGUCUGUGUGCUCGUCUCCACUCGUCCUCCUCUGUCCCUAAUUUUCUGAAAUUUCAAUUUCUGGCCCCUGUCCAAGAGAAUGAUUGUCCAGAGCCAAAGAGCAGUGAUGUUGCAGCUCUCUCUACACCAAGUGCAGCAUGUGGGGUAGGGGAAAGCCCUCUGCGCAGCCACCGCCACUCGUGGAGGCAACAGAUCUUCUUACGGGUGGCUACACCUCAGAAGAACGCAGAGUCCAACGAGCGGGGGGAUUCCUGUCUAGAGGGGGGUCGAGUGUGCGUGGGCCAGGUGGCAGGUGGAGGAAGUGCCGACUUGUCCAUGAGGGUGGUGCCCGAGGAGAGGACAAAAAGGAGCAAAGAGGAGCUGAGGGAGCUGUGGAGGAAGGCCAUCCUGCAGCAAAUCCUGCUGCAGAGGAUGGAGAGGGAGAACCAGAAACUGCAGGCCUCAGAGAGCGACCUGCAGAACAAGCGUCUGAAGCUGGACUACGAGGAAAUCACUCCAUGUCUGAAGGAGGUCACUCUGGUGUGGGAGAAGAUGCUGGGAACUCCGGGGAGAGCAAAGGUCAAAUUUGACACAGAGACCAUACAUGCUGCCGUUGCACAAGGUGUCCCGAGGCAGCAUCGAGGCGAGAUCUGGAAGUUUCUUUCUGAACAGUACCUGCUCAGGCAAACGGUCCCCUCCCGACCCCCCGCCAAUCACACUCCGUACAAAGAGCUGCUGAAACAGCUCACGUCGCAGCAACACGCCAUCCUCAUAGACCUGGGUCGCACUUUUCCCACUCAUCCAUAUUUCCAAGCCCAGCUGGGGGCAGGACAGCUGUCUCUGUAUAACUUACUGAAAGCCUACUCGCUGCUGGACCCGGAGGUGGGCUACUGCCAGGGCCUGUCCUUCAUCGCAGGAGUCCUGCUGUUACACAUGGGGGAAGAGGACGCCUUCAACAUGCUCAAAUUUCUUAUGUAUGACGUUGGGCUCCGUAAACAGUACAGGCCUGACAUGAUUAUCCUGCAGAUUCAGAUGUACCAGUUGUCGCGGCUGCUCCAUGACUACCACAGGGAUCUUUACAGCCACCUAGAGCAGCAAGAGAUUGGACCCAGCUUAUAUGCCACCCCCUGGUUCCUCACCGCCUUCGCCUCGCACUUCCCCCUCGGCUUCGUGGCCAGAGUCUUCGAUAUGUUGUUCCUGCAGGGGUCAGAGGUCAUCUUCAAGGUGGCCUUGAGCCUGCUGGGGAGCCACAAGCCUCUGAUCCUGCAGCAUGACAGCCUGGAGUCCAUCGUGGACUUUAUCAAGACCACCCUGCCCAACCUGGGCCUGGUGCAGAUGGAGAAAACCAUCAACCAGGUUUGUGAGAUGGAUGUGUCUAAGCAGCUCCAGGCCUAUGAGGUAGAGUACCACGUCCUGCAGGAUGAGCUGCUGGACACGCCCCCAACCCUCAACCAACACCAGCGAGCUGCACAGCUGGAGAGGACCAAUCAGAGCCUCCGACAGCAGAACCUCGACCUGCUUGAGGAGCUGCAGGUGUCCCAUGCUCGUGUGUGCAGCCUGGAGAGUCGAGUGGAGGCUUUGGUCCAGUCGGAGGGCCAACUGAGGGAGCAGGUUUCUGCACUGGAGGAAGAGAAGAAGCAGCUGCUGAGCACUGUCACACGCCUCCAGGACCUCCUCAACAGCCUUGGCAUACACCCUGAUGGACACACACUCCCCCCACCUGCUGAAAGGCAUGUUGUCUCUACAUCCACAAAGACAGAAGACGGAAAGGGGCUGGCAACCAGGACUGUGGACUCCCCUCUUCACCCGUUGGCUCUUCCAGAGGGUUCCUAACUACAAAUAAAUAAAGUUCCAAAUAGGAAAGUUGACCAGAGGAGGAGCCGGCUAUGGAAGACCCGGGAAGAGAGGGUCAAGGGUAACGUUGAGAUGACUCCCUACCUUGACCUUUGUCCUCAUCACAGCUCCAGAAUGUUUUAAUAAGAGGAUAGAUAGAGGAAGUUAGAUGUAAAACAGAGGAGAGAAGAAUGGAAGUACAACAAAAAUGGGGAUGGGGUGAAUAAAGGAAGAAAAAUAAAAGAUGGCACCCUCUUCCAGCUCUCUAACAAAUAGAAAUGAACAUGUGAUUUGACCAACAAUCCCCAAAGAUAGCACUAUCUCACUGGGCCUGUGCUGUUAAAACAAAAGUUACAUUUGCACCUGUACUUGUAUAUUUGUGUCUCUGAAUGUCCGUGAGUGCUGCGCUCAUGUAUUUUAUUAUCCUACAAGAACGUAGGAGAUUUUAGCCUCGCUGCGUCAGAUGCAAACGAGGCUAAAAUAGCCAAAGACUGUCCGUAUUAAGGCAAAACAAGCUCAAACAAAGCCUCAGAUACUCAGAACGUCUCCUGAAACAACACGUCAUUGAUCACUCCCACACUCGAUAAGUAAGAGCAAAGAUGAAAUGUUUCCUAAGAAGUGUGGCAAGAAAGCGAGAUAAAGGGACGGGUGAAGAAAUAACCUUCACGACAAGAGUGUUUUACCGUUAAAAAUUGUUAUGACUUAAUUUAAAUGAUGUAAAGGUUUUGGAUGGUGGUGCUCAGGUCGCAGUUGAACUUUCGUUCACUUCUGUAGUCUUCCACAAUUCGGUUUCCUGAUCUUUGUGCGUUUUAAACUUCAUUUAGUUACAGUAGCUUACAGGAAGAGUAACACAAUAAAUCCAGUCCAUUCCGCAUCCUGUUUUUUCACCUUUGAAUACACGUCGGUCCGUCUGUGUAGGAAGGGAAAUGGAUGCAGUUUCAGCAGAAAACUUUUAAGACGGUAGCGGGACUUUUUCUAGUGAGGGGAAGUACAGACUUUUUCUUGUUUUGUUUUGUUUUCCAGAGCCUGAUCAAUUACUUUAAAUUCCUGCAAAACAAACUCGUGUGAAACUUCCAAAAGGAGACCUCUGCCGUUGAGACGAUCUGUCAGCCGCAAAUCAUUUACUGUAUUCAACACACUGAAUUCAUUGGACCUGAGCUGCAGCUGUUUGUGUGUGAAUGUCUAAAUGUGUCACUGUGUGUCUGUGUGCUUGUGCACUUCACCGAACAACAAAUCUGUUGAUUUACACUGUACAGAAAUUUUCCUUUUACUCCUGACUCCUUGCACAUGUUUUUGUUUUAUUGAUUAUUACUAUUAUUGUUGUAAUGUACUUUAAAAUACAUUUCAUAUCCUUUCA